AUGACUGACACAUUGGAGGUUGAUAAUACAAGGUAUACAUUUCGUUUUACUGAUUCUAAUCAAUGUAUUUGUCUCAAUAAACAGCAACUUGAUUGUAUUCCUUAUUUAUCUGUUCUUGUGUCGCAUAAAGAUGAUUUUUUAUCAAAUCAAAAUGAAACUGAUGAAUAUUUAUUACAUCCUCCAAUACAUUAUACUUGGUUUAUAGCUGUUCAACAUUCAAUUAGUUCCGAACAACCGUAUACUUUAUUUACUGAACUACCAGAACAUGAAAAUAUAUUAGGCGCAAUACAACUAAUUGAUUAUUUGGGUUGUACUUCAUUCCCUUUACCUCUUUUGAAAGAAACAGAUUUAAUUUUCUCAAAUUCUGCCACUGAUGAAAAACUUGUCACAUAUCAUCGUGCUAAUUUAGUAGAAACAAGAAAUACAACUGCUGAAUUCGUCAUUGCUCUCAGUAAAAACGCAUAUAAUUUACAUGAUUAUAAAACAGUGAACGAAAUUAUUUCUUUGAUUAAGAUUAUUCUUACUAAUCCCACUGUUUAUAGUUCACGAUUUCGUCAUCACACAUUAACGGUAGCGAAGGAAUGUUGUUGGAUGUAUUUUUCUAAAGUACAACAGCUUCAACUCUAUACCACUCAUCAAAAUAUUCAAAAACAGAGAAAGUUAAACUCUUUAAUGUAUUUAUAUGAUGAUAAUAAUCCUCUUUCUGAUGAUUUCUCAAAUGUAUUUGUUUGGAAAGGUACUUCUAUAGCGUUAAAAGUAAAUAAUAUUCAUCCAGUGAACGACGUCUGGAUAAUGCGUUCUACGGAAAACUAUACAGCAAAACAGUGUAUCCUAAGGGGGUUGCUCAGGGAAUUAUCGUCAGACCGUUUUACAACAUCUUAUCGCACAAAUGACACACCAACGGAAAUUAAGCUAGAAAAAACAGAAAAAGAAGGUUUCUUAGCUCGAUCAAGACGCUUUAAUGUCAUCCCUCAACGACCAACUUAUGAUAAGUUCAACCAUCGAUUCUGUUCAAAAACUAAAAAAUAUCGAUAA